UUCUCCUCUCCCAUACCAAAUUUCCUACACUUCAUUGUCAAUCUCAAUCUCAAUCUCAAUCUCAAUCUCAAUCUCUCCCUGCUGCGAUCUGAGUUCGAAAGUGAGAUCUACGAUUUCCUCGAACGGUAUCCUUUCUGAUUUCGAAACCGUUCUGUUCUCUUUAAACAGAACGGUUUCCUUAACGGCGUUAAAUUCAAAAGCAAGAAGAAAACCAAAGAGGACGACUAUUAUAAGAUCAUUGUAGUCAUGAAGAAGAGAUCAUCCUCUGAUUUGUGUAAUUGUGGGUGGCUGAGUAAUGCAUUUUUCAUGAGAUGGACGGCAGGGGAUAUAUUCGGUGUGGUGAAGUACCAUCCCGUACCGUGCAUCUUCGCUGCCUCGUUGUUGUUUUUCAUGGGUGUGGAAUACACUCUUCGUAUGAUCCAAUCUUCUUCCCCGCCUUUCGAUCUAGGAUUCAUUGCUACGCGUCCACUGCAUCGUUUUCUUGCUUCCAGACCUACUCUCAACUCUGUUCUUGCUGGCCUUAACACGGUCUUUGUAGGGAUGCAAAUGGUAUACAUAGUAUGGACUUUCUUAAUUGAAGGACGGCCACGAGCUACCAUCUCAGCUCUGUUCAUGUUCACAUGCAGAGGCAUUCUUGGAUAUGCUACGCAGCUGCCAUUACCAGAGGAUUUCUUGGGGUCAGGCGUUGAUUUUCCAGUUGGGAAUGUGUCGUUUUUCUUGUUCUAUUCGGGGCAUGUUGCAGCAUCGGUGAUUGCAUCACUUGAUAUGAAGCGUAUGCAGAGAUGGAAAUUGGCUUAUUUAUUUGACACCUUGAACGUAUUGCAAAUGAUCAGAUUGUUGAGUACCAGGGGUCAUUACACUAUUGAUUUGGCAGUAGGAAUUGGUGCUGGGAUUUUGUUUGAUUCUUUGGCUGGAAAGUAUGAGGAGAGUAGGAAAAAAGAAUUACUUGCAGGUAGUCCCAAUGGCACCAGUAAUGAUGUGCAAGUGCACGAAAAUGGUGAAUAUUUAAGUGUUUCUUCACACUAAAACUGUUCAUUCCAAUAUGGUCAUUAUCAUUUUCUAACUGUAAAAACAACUCUGGCCUAGUGAUUAUAUAAGGUCGUGAUGCAUUUGGAUUGCUAA